AUGGUCAGAAUCUCGCAGCUAAAGCCACAAAGAAGGCCCGCAACCCCCAAGGCAGUCGAUGUACACGGUACACCGACGGAUCUCGGACAGACACCAAAGCGACCUGCGUCGGCAAUCCUCAGCGACAAUUCCGAAUUCGGUCAGCUCACACCGGGAAACUCGCAGAAGUGGGAUGCUACCGAGGGGACCCGCGGUACCUUCACCUUCACCCGCGGCGAUGAAAUCGUUGCACUGGCGAAGGCGAACGGCCAGCUCGUUCGCGGACAAGCUGACAAGAAUAAGGUUCUCAUGGGUAUUCACCAGGGGGCCUACGACGUGGAGUGCACGGCCAUUGCCCAAGCUCUGCAAGCGGACGUCCAUAGGCAACACACCCUGGGGCCUUGGCAGACUUUGGACCAGCUGGCUACGGACGAUGUCGGUAACGUCAACCACAAUCAAGUCUCGUUCGCCAAGGAGCACAAGAUGGCAUUGCUCGAAAACAUCGCUCCCACCGCCAACGAUUCAUUCUUCACGGACGAAUCGGGCAAGAGGUCCCAGGUUCUUCUUCUCCAACAACACGCAUACGACUGCGGAUCCAACAAGCUCCGACGUGCGAAUGAGGUGCAGGAGUGGCAUACAUAUGUGUUUCUAGAGGCGCUGAUAAAAAAGGAGGUGGUUGAAAAGGCAGGUGCGGAACUGGGCAAUUGGGAGGAGAGGGGCUGGGAGAAGUUACGGGCGUUCUAA